AUGCCACCCCCCUGGCACCCUCGACCCGCUCCGCCAGCUCCGCCUCGCCUCCGUGUGCCCCUCCCCGGAACCGUCCCGGCCGUCGCCGCCGCCGCCACCGCUAAGGCCACCGAUAAUUUCCCUAGAACACCUCGCCCGACGUCCAUGCUCGGCGGACUAAUCCGGCCAGUCACGUCGGCGUACGGGUUCCAUCGGAAGCGGCCGGAAGUCACCCACAGCACGUUGGCGAGCAUGAGAGAACAGCCCCUGGAGCGUUUACAGCGUGCCACGAAACUGCCGAAGAUUGCUAACAAGCCCGUCGGCGCUGCUGAAACGCGAGUAGCGGACGAUCCAGUCUCACUCCGCGAGGCUGACACCGGGCCGCAAACGACCUAUAGCAAACCCCCGGUCACCGUUUAA